ACAGUGACAAUCCAUAUAGGCAUAGCCGCAUAGGCCAAGUCACACAAAUAACACAACACAAACACAAACACAAACCUUCAAAAGCCACAAAACACACACUUCCGAUCGAAGAGACACCGCGUCAAUUAAGCUACUGACUUCUGAGUAAUGCGUGGACGGCAGAGAUAGGAAUUGUUUUGGCUAUUAAAUUACUUUCUUUUGAGGUUUAUGACUGUGUUGGGUUUUCACUAUGAGUGGUGUUCCUAAGAGAUCUCAUGAGGAUUCUGUUCAUCAGUCUUCAAAGCAUCCACAUCAAGAUUCAGGUACAUAUUCCAAGUUGAUGCCAUCAGUUUCAAAUGACCACCAUAUUCCUUAUGAUAUGAGUCAGGAUUCCCGGGUGGCAAAGACAGUCCGUACUGAACCUCGUGAUGCAGAUAGAAGAUCUCAUCUUCAUACAGUGUAUCGGAUGCCAUUAUCUUCAAAUGAUUCUCAUGCAGAUCAUCCCAUUGGACCUGAGAGCAGGACAGAAUCUAGGGAUUUUAAGGAGAGUAGAGAACCCCGGUUUGAGAAUCGUGAUACGAAGACAGAGAAGAAGGAAUUGCAUGGUGAAGCCAGAAGGGAUUCUCAGAUUGCAAAGAGUGAGAAGGAUGUGCGAGUUGAUGGCAAAGGAGAUGAUAACAAGGAUAUUAGAUAUGAAUGGGAUGGCCAUAAUGAUUCGAAAGGUGACAUUAAGACAGACAAGGAUGGCUAUGGUAUGGUAAGCAGCAGCAGCCACUUGAAUUGGAAAGAAUCAAAAGAGUAUAGGGGUAAGAGAUUUUCUGAUGCCCCUGGUGGGAGUUUGGAUUCCUGGCAUACAUCACGUGGAAAUACACCAACCGAAGUUGGAAAGGACAGUUCAAUGGCAGAAGAAAGAGACUAUUUGGAAACACAUGAGGCUGUUGGGGAAAACAAAAUUGAUUCUAAAAGUGAAGAUAGAUUUAAAGAAAGAAAAAGAAAGGAUGUCAAGCAUCGGGAUUGGGGGGAUAGAGAAAAGGAGAGAAGUGAUCGCAGAAGCACUACGCCAGUUAACAAUAAUAGUGGUGACAACAAAGAAUCUGCCAAGGAAGAUAGAGAUGUAGAAAAAUGGGAGAGGGAGAGGAAAGAUCUUCCAAAAGAGAAAGAAAGUUCAAAAGAGAAGGAAAAGGAUCAUAGCAAGAGGGAAUCCUUGAACGGAAUGGAGAAAGAUGGUUUGAAUGAUGGGAAGGAACUUUGUGAAGAAAAAAAUACUGAGCUAGAAAAUGUGUUACCAGAACAAAAGAAACAGAAAGAUGUUGACAGCUGGAAAAAUGUUGAUGGAGAAGUUAGAGAGAGGAGAAAAGAAAGGGAUGCUGAUUUAGAAGGAGAUCGGCCUGAUAAGCGCAGUAAAAUUGACAAGCAAUCAGAAGAUGGAAGUGCUCACGGGGAAGGAACUGGAGAGAAGGAGAGGGAAGUCCAUAAUUAUAAUGUUCAACAUCGUAAAAGGAUCCACCGAUCAAGGGGAAGCCCUCAGGUGGCCAAUCGCGAGGCUCGUUUUAGAUCUCAUACUCAAGCUCCAGACAAUGAAGAGUCUCAAGGUAAAGCAGAAGUCUCUUCUGUUGUUUAUAAAGUUGGUGAAAGCAUGCAAGAACUGAUAAAGUUGUGGAAGGAAUAUGAAUUAUCUCAAUCUCAAGUUGAAAAAAAUAGUGAAAGCUCUAAUGGUGGCCCCACUCUUGAAAUCCGGAUACCAGCUGAGAAUGUUACAGCUACAAACCGUCAAGUUAGAGGUGGCCAGCUAUGGGGGACUGAUGUUUACACUUAUGACUCAGAUCUUGUUGCUGUUCUCAUGCAUACAGGUUAUUGUCGCCCAACAGCUUCUCCACCUCACAUGGCUGUACAAGAGUUGCGCACAACCAUUCAAGUGCUACCUCCGCAAGAUUCCUAUAUUUCUACUCUGAGAAACAAUGUACGUUCCCGUGCUUGGGGUGCUGCAAUUGGUUGUAGUUAUAAAGUUGAGCGGUGCUGCAUCGUAAAGAAAGGAGGUGGAACUAUUGAUCUUGAACCUUGCCUUACACAUACCUCAACUGUUGAGCCUACCCUUGCACCAGUUGCUACUGAGCGGACAAUUACUACUAGGGCUGCAGCUUCGAAUGCAUUGCGGCAGCAAAGAUUUGUACGCGAAGUUACAAUACAGUACAACCUCUGCAAUGAACCAUGGAUCAAAUAUAGUAUAAGCAUUGUUGCUGACAAGGGUCUAAAAAAGCCACUCUAUACAUCUGCUCGUUUAAAGAAGGGAGAAGUUCUUUAUCUGGAGACACACUCCUGCAGAUAUGAGCUCUGUUUUACUGGAGAAAAGAUGGCGAAGGCUAUACCAGCAACUCAGAUGCAUGACCUAGAUACAGAGAAGUCUCAAAAUCACCAUCACCAUCCCACAAAUGGUGACAAAGCUGAUUCUGAUAAUGUUAUGGUUGAUGUAUUUCGAUGGUCUCGAUGUAAGAAUCCUCUACCCCAGAAACUGAUGCGCACGAUUGGAAUCCCUCUGCCUCUUGAACAUGUGGAGGUGCUAGAGGAAAACCUGGACUGGGAAGAUGUACAGUGGUCGCAAACUGGCGUUUGGAUUGCAGGAAAGGAAUAUACCCUUGCUCGGGUGCAUUUCUUGUCAAUGAAUUAGUUCAUUGUCCUGUUUUGUUUGAAGGGGGGGGAUAGAAGGGGAACGGUGCUGGGAUGAUGUAAUGCAUGUAUACUUUUGAGAUUAAACUAUAAAAAUUAUAGUACCUUUUCAUGUAACUAGAAUAUUUAGUUUUUAAUAAAAAAAAUUUAAUGUUUAAUAUUUAUUUAA